AUGAACUGGGAACGCAGUUCCCUAGCCAGAAGAAGAUCACCUGGUAAUACGAGGAAGAUCCCAGAUCUUAUCCCGAUUAACCCAGAUCUCCAUCUUUAUCCGAAGACAUUUGCUUACCUUAAAGCACAACUUAUGAUUUUAGCUAAUCUUAAUCAAAGCAUUAAAAAUACAGACAAAGAUAGGGACUCUCCUCUUUUAAGAUUUAAAUCACUUAUCUCAUCCGUUCUAGGUGCACUAUAUGCAAACUUAUUCGAUAUGGCAAAAUAUGCUUUAUCAGAAAUAGAAGAAAUACUCAAGAGAGAUUUACCUCAAGAUGUAGACUUUCUUGGAUAUCGAAUUAUGAAGGCUUUAACUGCCUUACUUCGAGUUAAGUCCUUAUUGUCUGUCACUACUGCAACAGAAAAGAAAAUACGACCAUCGCAAACUCACCAAAAAGUCGAAAAUGUAGAAUAUUGCAUGUGCAGAUUAUGCGAAAACUAUUUUCCCGUUGAUCAAAUUGAGCAACAUAUGUUAGUUUGUGCACAAGCAUUUCAGAGCAAAAAUUAUGUUGUCUCACUUGAUGAGAAAAUCCGCUCGUUAAUAUAUACAGCUCGAACUUCAAUUUUGGAUGUAAAUUGGCCAGGAGAUCAAACAAACGCCAUUGGACUUAUCUUUCCAGUGCUUCAUUGCACAAUCCUCCUAGAGAGACUUCUCGAACAUGACGCAGAGAAUAACUACGAAGUUGACAGCUUACAAUAUAUUUAUGACGGACUUGACGCUUUGAGAAUCUCUGACCCCAAUAACGAGAAUGCUAGAAAUAUACUGGUUCGUGCUGUGAUGUAUUGCCGCGAAAAACUCAAAGCUUGCAACACAUUAAAAUCAGCAUAUAUUUCUGAAGGAAGUGCACCGAAAUUAGUCAACAUAUCGGACUUUUCAUUCAAGAAGCAGAUAUCAAGAGGUGCCUACGCCCGAGUUUUCUUAGCCAAAAAAGAAUCAACAGGAGAUGUGGUUGCAAUCAAAGUUAUUUCAAGAAAACACGCAGCAAGAAAGAAUACAGCCUUUACAGAAAAGAACAUACUUGUUAAAUUCCAGUCAGAACAUGUUGUUUCGUUAUAUUAUACUUUAUGUGGAGUUAACAACUUAUACAUUGUUAUGGAAUACGUUCCUGGUGGAGAUCUCAAGACAGUUCUUCAUCAUUUAGGCUGUAUGGAUGAACACAACGCCAGAUACUACAUUGUCCAGAUUGUUGCCGCUCUUCAAGACUUACGCAAGCAUAAAAUUGUUCACAGAGACCUUAAGCCUGAUAACAUCCUCAUUGACAGGGACGGACAUCUCAAAUUGGCAGACUUCGGUUUAUCAUUUGUCGGAGUUGUCGAAAAAACACUUGAAUUUGCAGGAACACCAGACUACGUUGCUCCAGAAAUCGUUCUCAACAAAGGACACUCAUUUCCGGCUGACUAUUGGUCACUUGGUGUCAUAAUUUACGAAUUACUUACAGGAGUUCCACCGUUUCAUGGCAAGACCCCAGAAGAAACAUUCAUGAAUAUCUGCGAAGGCAUUUUCGAGCCGAUCGAUGGUUCUAAAGAGGCAAUUGACUUAAUCCGCCAGCUUUUGAGACCAAAUCCGAAUGAACGUCUUGGUUGCAGAUCAGUCAGUGACAUCAUGGAACAUCCCUUCUUCAAGGGAAUCGAUUGGACAGCUCUUGAUACUUUCGAACCACCAUUUUGUCCUUGUCUUAAGAGCGAAGAAGAUACUUCCUACUUCGGAAAUUGUUCUCUUAAAGAUUACGCCGAUAUCCAAUUUGAUUUAGAAUCAAAUCGAAAGAGAAGUUUCUCAUUCGGUCCUGAAAUCGUCGAACACUUCAAAAGUGACUUCGAUAAAUUGAACGAAAUGAUUAAGAACGGACAACAAAUCGAAGACAACGAUCUGAGCCAAUUCCCUGUUACUUCGAUGAAUGGUCUUAUGGAUCGAACAACUCGGACAGCUUCCCAUCGCAGAGCCAAGCAUAUGUCCUUUGAAACAGCCUUAUCUACUCCAAUAACCCUUACUACCGGUUCUUUGCCAACAACUGCGAUGAUGUCCACUCCAAUGAUCAGACCAAUGGUUGUGAAGAAGAGAAGAUUCUCAAGCUCAAAGACACCAGAACCAAUACAGGUUAAGCAACCAAUUAGUUUGGUAGCUCAACCAAAUAUGUUAUAA